AUUGACAGAACACCUCUGCUCCGAAGCUGGUAGUACCUUACAGCACGAACAAUGAGCAUAAUUAGUAUCGUUUACCCUCUGAUGGAUAAAUCACACAUUUAACUACGGGGAGGAAUUCCUGCAGAUGAGGAAAGCGUUCGCCUCCCCUCUCCUGCAGAUCCGGUGGUCUCGACUACCACAGAUAGCUGAAUCACGUCACGUGAUCGAUGGUUGCACUGGUCAGUGAUUAUAGCUUUGGGUUUAAAUGACAGCACUAAAUUUUUCAGUCGCUCCUACUGGCUUAUAUAUCUCUAGUAAUUGUUAAUCAGGAAUUAGAGGAAUAUCUAUUUCCCAGUAUUCACGAGAUUAAGUUUAUACUCUCCGGAGAAUCGUUCCAUACAGUCAAAGGCUUUAGUUAUGAGGAAUCGCGAAAACAGAAAGGUGUAAUAUCUAGUGGGAUUUUAACUUAAUGGAAAUAUUUAAUACUUCAGAUAUGGAAUCAACUCCGAGUGCUAAUUUAUCAGAAGUUUCUUCUACAGUUAUUUCUCUGUCUUGUCAUGAAGGAAUUAUGAAUUUGACAAAAAUCUGUAACGAUUCUCGGAACGCGACUUUCUCUUCCAAAGGAGACGAAUUAUCAACAAGUGCUUUAAUAGGAUUAAUAUUCUUAUAUUCUAUCACAACUUUUCUCUCAUUGGCUGGAAAUAUUUUGGUGGUGCUAGUUUUCGUAAAAGGACGUAGAUCACGGACGGAUCUGAGGCUUUUUCUAAUCAACCUGGCAGUUUCUGAUUUGAUUAUGGCUGCUUUCUGUAUGCCGUUCACCUUUGCAGACAGCAUUAUGGGGUAUUGGGUAUUUACAGCACCCCUGUGUCCAAUUGUGUUAUUUUUUCAAAUUUUUUCCGUUUGUGGAAGUGUUUUUACGAACGUAGCUAUAGGAAUUGAUAGGUUUAUGGCCGUUUCGUUUCCAUUGCAUUCCAGAAUUACAUACAGACGUGGAAAAUAUGUAAUUGCAUUAGUUUGGGUAUGCGCGUUUUCACUUUCGGUCGUGCAACUUUUUGUAGGUCGGUCAACGGUCUACAAUGGGCGAGUGAUAUGUAAUGAGGAUUGGCCCAACCCCGAAUCCCGGCCACUGUACACUUUGUUUAUUAUGAUUCUGACAUAUAUGUUACCCCUCAUUAUUCUUCUGUUGACUUACUCUAUAGUUGGAAUAAUGCUUUGGAAGAGGACAGCCCCUGGAAAUAAACAUUAUGAAAGAGAUAGACACCAACUUCGAUCAAAAAUAAAGGUUGUGAAAAUGUUAGUCAUAGUGGUUGUGAUGUUUGGGAUCUGCUGGUUGCCCAUCCAUCUGUUUAGUCUACUGGGGGACUUCACCUCGGUUCUACACGAAGUGCAUCACCAACAUAAACUGGGCAUUUUUCUCGGUGCACAUUGGUUGGCCAUGAGUAACAGUUUUGCCAAUCCAGUAAUUUAUGGAUUCACCAACGAAACAUUCAGGGCAGAUCUAGUAGUCCUGUUACACAACUGGUUUCCAUGGAGUCACUGUCUACGUGACCUUAUGACCCGAACAUACAGUCUUUCAACAUAUGACAGCGUCAUCUACCGGCGAACCACGAUGCUUCAAAGACAGACAUCUUUAAAUAAUAAUUUGUCCUCCACAAAAUCACUUAAAGUAGCAGCUGCAAACGGAAGUUCGCGUCCAAUGAGAAAACUUCACAGAGUCGGAACAGAAGUGCGAAUGAAUAAGUCCCAUAUUCCUGUCAGAAAGUUUAGUUCAAUACAAUACAUUCACAAGAAUCCCGACAAACCUGACGAUGACCGCUCCGGAUCCUGACAUUUUAUUGGUAGAACUUUUUUUGUGAAUGAAAUAUAAAUCCUUUACAAGUU